AGUUAGAGAAGCAAGAAGAACAAGAAGAAACAGAAGAACCAGAUAAACCAGAGUACAGGAUUGUGCUUCUUGGAAAAAAUGGUGUUGGAAAGAACAUAAUUGGAAAUGCCAUUUUAGGAAAUAAUAGAAAUGCUUUUGAAUCAACAUCACUAUCAGAGUUUCAGAAGGAAACACAAGAAUUUGGCGAUAAACUCCUGACUCUAGUUGUUACUCCAGAUCUGUUUGAGAACAGAGUGACUGAAGUGGAUGUGAGGAGGGAAAUCCAUCAAUGCGUCUGCUUUGCUUCUCCUGGUCCCCAUGUGUUCCUGGUUGUGUUUCAGACUGACAGCUUCACAGAAGAAGACCAAGAAAUAGUGAGAAAAAUUCAGCAGAUGUUUGGAGAAGGAGCAGUACGUUAUAGUAUGGUCUUGUUCUCCUGUGGAGAUGAUCCAGAGGCAGCUAAUGUUGCCAUAGAUGAAUUUAUUAGCAAUAAUCCACCUCUGGGUAACUUCAUCCGUCAGUGUGGAGGAGGAUAUUGUGUGUUUAACAACAGGACCAGAGAUCCUGCUCAGGUCAGAGCACUGCUGGAGAAGAUCAACACCAUGGUUCAGAGAAAUGAAGGAAGAUACUACACCAGCGAAAUGUUCAGACAGGCUGACUUCAGGAUUGUGCUUGUUGGGAAAACUGGUGUUGGAAAGAGUGCAGCAGGAAACACAAUCCUAGGACAAAAAGUUUUUAGAUCUACACCAUCUUCUUCCACAACAACAAAAAAGUGUCAGAUGAAUACAACUCAGUUUAAUGGUAAAAUCCUGGCUGUAGUUGAUACUCCAGGUCUGUUUGACACCAAUAAAACUGCAGAAGAGAUGACGGCAGAGAUUUGUAAAUCCAUCCCUUUUGCUGCUCCAGGUCCUCAUGUGUUCCUGGUUGUGAUCCAGGCAAACAGAUUCACCAAAGAAGAAGAAGAAACAGUUAGAAUGAUUCAGAAUGCGUUUGGAGAAGAAGCAGCAAAGUACACUAUGGCCCUGUUCACCUGUGGAGACAAUCUGGAGGCAGAUGAAGUCACCAUAGCAGAAGUAAUAAAUGCAAAUCCAGCUCUCAGUGACUUCAUCCGUCAGUGUGGUGAAAGAUAUCAUGUUUUUAACAACAGAGAUAAGGAUCCCUCUCAGGUCAGAGAGCUGCUGAAGAAGAUUAACACCAUAGUUCAGGUUAAUGGAGGAAGUUACUAUACCAACAAGAUGUUCAAAGAGGCUGAAGAAGCAUUUAAAAAAGUGAAACCAGACUUCAGGAUUGUUCUUGUGGGAAGAACCAGAGCUGGGAAGAGUGCAUCAGGAAACACCAUCUUGAGGGGAAAUGUAUUUAGGUCAACAUCAUCUUCUUCUCCAGUGACAUUAGAGUGUCAGAAGGAAACAGCUCUGUUUGAUUUUCAAAAACUGGCUGUAGUUGAUACUCCAGGUCUGUUUGACACAGAACUACCUGCACAGAAGGUGACAAAAGAGAUUGCUAGAUUCAUCUCAUUUGCUGCUCCUGGUCCUCAUGUGUUCCUGAUUGUGAUCCAUCCAGCAGUAUUUAAAGAGGAAGAACAAGAAACUGUGAAAAUCAUUCAGAAGGUGUUUGGAGACAAAGCAGCUCGUUACACCAUGGUGUUGUUCACACGUGUAGAUGAUCUGAAUGUAUCCAUAGAGGAAUUCAUCACCAAGUCUCCAUUUCUCCGUGACUUAGUCCGUCAGUGUGAAGGAGGAUAUCAUGUGUUUAAUAACAGAAGCAGAGAUCCUGCUCAGGUCAGAGAGCUGCUGGAGAAGAUCAACAUACUAGUUCAGGGAAAUGGGGGAAGAUACUACACCAACAAGAUGUUUGAGAAGGUAGAGAACGCUAUAAAGAAAAAGAUGGAACGACUAAUAAAGGAAAAAAAUGAGACACCUGAAGAAGCAAGAAACAAAGCAGAAAGAAAUAAUGAGUCUCUUCAAGACAGCAAGGUUGCUUUUUUUAUAGGAAGUGGUCUUGGACUGGGUGUUGGAGUUUGUGCUGGAAUUGGUAUUGAAGCAGCUGUUGGAGCUGCUGCUGCUGGAGCUACAAUUGGACUUGUAGGAGGUCCAGUGGGAGCUGUUGCUGGAG